AUGACGGACGAGGCAAUUCAAGUCGACUCUGCACCUCCAGUAGGCGAGGUCGAAUACGAGCCACAGGGUCCUAAGCCUAUAAGGAAGUUGACCAAGGACGUGAUCAACCAAAUCGCAGCUGCCGAGAUAAUUCACCGUCCAGCCAACGCAAUCAAAGAACUACUCGAAAACUCUCUCGACGCAGGUUCAUCCUCCAUCAAGAUCACUCUCAAGGAUGGUGGUCUAAAGUCAAUCCAAAUUACAGAUAAUGGCCAUGGUAUCAACAAAGCGGACUUACCAUUACUGUGUGAGAGGUAUGCUACUUCGAAAUUACAGAAGUUCGAAGAUUUGCAGAAGUUGGGUACAUACGGUUUCAGAGGAGAGGCAUUGGCUAGUAUAAGUUAUUGUAGUCAUGUCGAGGUGAUAACCAAAACGAAAAAUGAUGGAUGUGGUUGGAAAGCAAAUUUUCAAGAUGGAGUGAUCAUCCCUUCAAAGCCUGGUGGUCCCGCUGAACCGAAACCUACGGCAGCUAAUGAUGGGACCGUCAUCACCGCGGAAGACCUAUUCUAUAACAUGCCAUUACGAAAACGAGCCUUCAAAUCACCUUCAGACGAAUAUACGAGGGUCUUAGAUGUCAUCACAAAGUACGCCGUGCAUAACCCACACGCGAGCUGGUCAUGUAAGAAGGCGGGAACAAGUCUACCUGAUAUAUCUACACCAGUCAAUUCCACUGUCAAAGCGAAUAUUGCCAAUCUCUAUACUCCUUCUCUUGCUGCCGAGCUUUUGGAAAUUCCUCUGACGGUCUUACAACCUGAAUCGAAAUUGUCAUCUACGAUUAGGGGUUGGGUGAGUAAUGCGAACAGUAAUUGGGCUAGGAAGGGCGGUUGGUUAUUAUUCAUCAACAACCGACUGGUCGAAUCUAACAAGAUCAAAAAAGCUAUAGAUGCUUUGUAUACUGCUUAUCUACCUAAGGGUGCUUCUCCUUGGGUAUAUCUAAGUCUCGAAAUCGAUUCCGCGAAGAUUGAUGUCAAUGUCCACCCUACAAAAUCAGAAGUGCAUUUCUUGAAUGAAGAUGAGAUGAUAGAUGGGAUAUGUGGGGCAGUACAGACUGCUUUGGCAGGUGCCAACGUGUCUAGGUCAUUUUCUGUUCAGACCCUACUUCCAGCUGCUGAUCGACCUAUGGAAAAACGAGGUGAAUCGUCCACGUCUGCAACGACUCUGUCCAAACCCAAAUCGACAAUCAAGAAACCCGCACCAAAUUAUAAAGUCCGUAUGGACCCUUCGAACCGUACAUUAGAUUCUAUGGUGACAGUCGUUGAUCCCUCACAAUUAUCUGGUUUUGCCCAAUCGGGUUCGCAAAUCCCAGACGACAUCAGACCACAUAAGAGACGUGCGGUGGUCGGUGAGGGAAGUGCCGAAGAACCGUUGAAUAUCGAUGAUGAGGAUGACGACUCAAUGGAAGAAGAGAGAGAGAAAGUGAGAUGGAAUGAAGGGUAUAACAGUAGUGGUGGGAAGGGGAAAGAAAAGGAUAUACAGGAAAGUAUAUGCGAGUUUGAUAGUAUACUUGAAUUAAGAAGAGCAGCGAGGAAAGGUGGUAAUACGGAUCUAAAUGAAAUCAUGCGUAAACAUGCCUUUGUGGGUAUAGUAGAUAAACAGUUAUGUUUAUCCCUCAUACAACAUAGUACGAAAUUGUAUCUCGUCGAUCACGCUUCUCUAGCGGAUGAACAUUUCUAUCAACUUGGUCUAAGGCAAUUCGGCGCUUUCAACAGAUUACGUCUCGAACCAUCUCCGAACUUGAGGGAAUUAUUGAAAUUGGCCGCAGAGGAUGAACAGCGUUUGAUAGAAGCUGGAUUGGAAGUCGACGAUGUUGUAGAGACCAUAUACAAUCUACUGAUGGAUAAAAAAGAAAUGAUAGAUGAAUAUUUUUCAUUAUCAAUUACAUCUCAAGGUGAUAUCGAAACAGUUCCAAUGAUAUUAAAAGGUUUCACACCGAAUUUAGAUAGAUUACCUCACUUCUUGUUAUGUCUAGGUACGAGGGUAAAUUGGGAAUCUGAGAAAGAAUGUUUUUCAACAUUCCUACAUGAACUAGCAUUCUUCUAUUCACCUAGACCAUUCUCCGAUCUUCCUUCGAAUACAAGCACAGACGAGGAAGGCACAGAGGAAGAGAAGAAUCAUCAAUCGUGGCAAUUGGAACAUAUCUUAUUCCCCUCUUUUAGAAAACAUACCGAAUGGCCUAAAAUCAUGAUGAAGGAUUUCAAUAUGAUUGCGAAUUUACCUGAUCUAUUUAGGAUAUUCGAAAGAUGUUAG